GUCUUUCAAAGAUUUUUUAUCCUUGCCAUUUUAUCUUUUUAUUUUUGUUUUUAGUUAUUAUGUGGCCCUCUUGAAAAUUAACUCUUGUUUUUGCGGAAGUUAGUUUCUUUUUUCUAUUAGAUUUUUACCCAGCUAAGUUUCUUGAUUUUGUUUUGAAAUGCUAAAAGACUUGCUCUUUACCACAAAGUUCUAGUUUUUUCUAAAGCGUAAUUGCUUGUAUCUACGCUUUGUUGCUGGAUAUUUUUGGUAGCAGCUUGAUCUGAAAAUCAAAAUUUUACUAUUUCAAGUAGCUUUGGUUGAGUUUGGACGUUGUCUACUUUUUUUCGACCGUUGUGCUUCUUGAAUGUUGAUUUGUUAGAGUUGGGUUUUGAUCCGUACUGUUUGCUUGAUUCCAUUUUGUUGCAGUGUUGUUUAGUAUAGUACACAGAUUAGAAUAUUGCCCCUUUUUUGGAUUUUGUCUUACAGAUGCUAUCUCCCUUCCCUAAGGGAUAAUACACUCCAUUUGUUCAUCCUAUGCAAUUUUCUUAGUUUUUCGAUGUGAAGAAAUUUGUGUUGGUGUGGUUGGAGUCAUAGGCGUCAAUGUCUGUUGCCUGCUGUGUACCUCUAGUUGAAUGUGUGUCCUGUUUAGCCUGCAUUCGUUGGGUGUGGAAGAAAUUCCUCUACACUGCUGGCAAGGAAAGUGAGAAUUGGGGGCUGGCAACGGCCAGCGAAUUCGAGCCCGUCCCUCGGCUUUGUAAAUACAUUCUAUCUGUCUAUGAGGAUGAUCUCAGGAACCCCAUGUGGGCUCCUCAUGGAGGGUAUGGGAUGAACCCCGACUGGAUGUUGAUGAAGAAAGACUACGCGGACACUGAGGGGAAAGUGUCGCCCUACAUGAUCUACCUCGAUCAUGACAACGAGGAUGUAGUUUUGGCGAUCAGGGGUCUUAAUAUGGGGAAGGAGACUGAUAUUCUGAUGUUACUGGAUAACAAGCUGGGGCAGACGACAUUUGAUGGGGGGUAUGUGCACAACGGGCUGUUGAAGGCGGCUCAGUAUGUUUUGGAGGAGGAGUGUGAGGCGUUGAGGGAGCUAGUUAAGAAGUAUCCGGAUUAUAGUUUGACGUUUGCUGGGCAUUCGCUGGGAGCAGGGGUCGUGACGUUGCUGACAAUGUUGGCAGUUAAGAAUAGGGAUAAAUUGGGUUAUAUUGAGAGGAAGAGGAUUAGGUGCUUUGCUAUUGCUCCUGCAAGGUGUAUCUCUCUGAACUUAGCGGUUAGAUAUGCAGACGUCAUUAAUUCAGUUGUGCUGCAGGAUGAUUUCCUUCCACGGACAACAGUUGCGCUGCAACAUGUAUACAAAUCACUUUUUUGUUUCCCAUGCUUGUUGUGCAUAACGUGUUUGAAAGAUACGUGCACAGUCGAGGAGAAGAUGCUGCAGGACCCGAGGAGACUGUACGCACCCGGUCGUCUCUAUCACAUAAUUGUGAGAAAACCCUUCAGAUGUAAAAGAAUCACUCCCCUCGUAAGAACAGCAGUGCCUGUGGAUGGGCGGUUUGAGCACAUGGUUCUCUCCUGCAACAUAACAUCAGAUCAUGCUAUCAUUUGGAUUCUACAGGAAUCAGAAAAAGCGCUCGACUGCAGUGUAUGAUGGAAAAGGAGCGUGUGAUGAGCAUUCCAGCAGCGCAGAGGAUGGAACGGCAGGUGUCGCUUGCCAAAGAACAUAGGGACGAGUACAGGGCGGCCUUGGAGAGGGCCGUUGCUCUGGAUAUUCCCCGCGCACAC